AUGGAUUUACUUCAGAGAUACCUUCGCUGGUUCACCAGUGAUCCUGACAAUACAAACUCUGGUGACCUUGAUAACAUAAUGGCGACCAAUCCACUUCGAUCACCCCGAACGGAGACUGUGCGGCAGCUUGCUGCAAUUCUUCAAGAGUCGCGUGUUAUCCACGUACGAGGUACUCCGGCAUCAGGGAAAACAACACUGGCCGCACUUCUGACAGAGCAUUGCCUUGAAUCGAAUAUCCCGGUUGUGACAUUCUGUCGCCCAAAAUUUAGCCCAAGUGAAGAUUACAGGACUCUGAUCAUCCAAGAGGCCCGAGGACUAGGAUACACCCAUUUUGAUCACGCCUUCGUCUCCGAUGGAGAAUACGUCCUCAUUAUUGAUGACGGACACACGACAUUCAGUGAUGAACAGCUAUGGUACUGCUUGGUGAAGAAGCAGAGCCUGAGCCCUACCGGACCCCAGAUUUGCAUUCUCACUUCCUACGGAAGCCCACUGUUUGGCCUCGACGACAUCACUUUAGGGAGCCCCCCGGCAUUGCUCGGAGCUCAACAACGCGUUUCCAUCACUCCGUCACUCCUCAGGUUCUCUCCCAAAAUUUCACUUUUCUAUAACCAUAAUGAGUUUGAGGAUGUUGUGGAUAAGUUUUGCAGCCCUGAUCACCAGUACCGAACUCCCCUGUUAAGGCUAGAUAAAUCCGCUCGCAAGUACAUCUUUGAUUUAACCUCGGGUCAUCCUGGUGCUGUCGAUGGCGUAUUGAGUAUGCUUGUUCAAUUUUAUCACAGCGAGUUGAAGCAUACCGGGCUCAUACUGAGCAGUGACCAUAUAAUUGACACUCUGGACGACGAGAGGAAUGCCUUUACCUCCGUGAUACCGCAGUCGGCCGGUCUUUUCCGAUACAGGAAUACGCCUCCGCUAAGGCGGUUUGUCGAAAACUACUGGACGAGUACCACACAAGAUUUCCCGAUUGACCGAUUCCCCACCCUGGACAAGCUGUGCCAACAGAUCCUAUUGUCAUUUUCUCCACGAAAUUUCACCAAUGCAGUCCGAAUUGGCACAGCCGCCAUGGUAAAGCCGUACGAAGCGGCUUUCCAAGACGAGUUUUACCGGGCAUCUCACCAGGUGUUGGGAUAUGCCAUGAAUGUGACAAGCGAGUGGUCCUCGGGUGGAAGAGGAAGAAUCGAUUUUAGGUUCGCCCAAGUCCAAUGGGGCGUGGAACUCCUCUGUAAUGGCGAUCGUCUGAAUGAACACUGCGAUAGGUUCUCCCCAGGAGGAACAUACUGGCCCUGGAUCGCAAAUGGAUCUUUGAAGGACUGGUUGAUAAUUGACUGUCGAACCACUCCCCCUUGCCCUAAACCAAACGGUAAGAACAGCCAAAACUUUGGCGAGCAAUUUUUGCUGCUGACUUUGGCUCUGUGCAAGUGUUAG